GAAUGCAGCAGCUUCCGUGUCAAAUGACAGGACAGGGACAUGUCAGGUGACGUGACAAACCAAAACCCGCUGUUGCUGCUAGCACCUAUUAGCAAGUUUGUUGACUUUAGCAUUUUCUCGUUCUUCCCUCAACAUAAGAGCAGUGACACGAAAAUGGACAAUAGCGGAAAAGAUAAAGAAGCAACGGCUUUAGUGGCCGAGGCUGAAAAGAAAAUGAAAUCAUCGCAGUCGUUUUUCGGAGCGAUGUUUGGAAAAACCUCUUCACAACGGGGUUCCUCCAAGAUGGAAGAGGCCUGUGACAUGUAUGUGAGGGCAGCCAACAUGUACAAAAUGGCCAAAAAUUGGUGUGCUGCAGGAAACGCGUUCUCCCAAGCUGCGCGCCUUCACCUCCAGAUGCAGAGCAAACACGAUGCAGCCACUAACUUCAUAGAUGCUGGAAACGCCUUCAAAAAAGCAGACCCACAAGAGGCCAUAAACUGCCUAAACCGAGCUAUUGAGAUCUACACCGAUAUGGGGCGCUUCACCAUCGCAGCUAAACAUCACAUCACCAUUGCUGAAAUAUAUGAGACAGAGAUGGUGGACAUCGACAAGGCCAUUGCUCAUUAUGAACAGGCAGCAGAUUAUUACAAAGGUGAAGAAUCCACCAGUUCAGCAAACAAGUGCCUUCUCAAAGUAGCAACCUACGCCGCUCAACUGGAGCAGUAUCCAAAAGCCAUUGAGAUCUAUGAACAGGUUGGAACCCACGCCAUGGACAGUACACUCCUGAAAUACAGUGCCAAGGAUCACUUCUUCAAGGCAGCGCUCUGUCACUUCUGUGUAGACAUGCUGAAUGCAAAACUUGCUGUGCAGAAGUAUGAGGAGAUGUUUCCCGCCUUUUCAGACUCUCGAGAAUGCAAGCUGGUGAAGAAACUUCUAGAUGCUUAUGAAGAACAGAACGUGGAUGCCUAUACUGACUCGGUGAAGGAAUUCGACACCAUUUCACGGUUGGACCAGUGGCUCACCACCAUGCUUCUCCGCAUCAAGAAAACCAUCCAGGACGAGGAGAGCGACCUGCGCUGACCCCCUUCCCUUCUCCCCCACUUCCUGCUCCGGACAAGUCUCAAGCCCUCUACAGCCGACUUGCAUCAUUCUUCUUUUUGCCUUGAGCGUCUCCCCUCUAUCCUAGCAGCAAUCUUAAUUGUUUGACCAUUAGACCCUUAUAUUCCCUCUCAGAUGCUGCGUUUCUUUGCCACCAUCUGCAGUAUUUGUUCUUGCCUUUUUAAUCCGCUCAGCUCAAUGCUCCAGAAAUGGUCCUUACAGGUAUGAACACUAUUUUCCCCCGUGUGCAUGCCGCACACAGUAUGUUAGUUGUAUAUUGUUAUGAUCCAGGUGUUGGCCCAAUAUCAGUUAAAGUAUUGGUAAUGGGCUGCAAUACCUAAUACUCAUACCAGCACCCUUGUAUAAUAAAGUUUUUAUUUUCUUUUUCUUGUUAUAAAAUUGAUGAGAGGAUGCCAAUUUACUCACUUUGAUCAACAAAAUGUUUUCCAGAAUGUGCUUCAGAAUUAACUCGACUGACCAAAAUGCCAAUAUAGACUAAAGCACACACACACACACACACAUACAUUGGCUUUUGGUACUUUUGGAUGUUCGAGUGUAUCAGGGCACCUGUAAUUAAACAGCACUUCAUGUCAGCUGCAGAGCUUCUCUCCAAGCAGAGAGGCCCAGCGACAGUUUCUGAGGUUAUUCCACGGCAAAUACCCACUUUGCCUUAAACUGCAAAGUUCUCAGGAUGCGAACACCUAGAUUUGAUGAAAAAAAGAAAUCAUGCUUUUAGAAUUGUUAUCAAUUAAUUUGCUAAUUGUUUCUGUCAUUUCCAUUUAAAGUGAUUUUAUUUCACAAAGGUGAAAGAAGCUCAUCACUUUUGUGAACAUUUGCAUGGUUUGGUAAGCAUGAGAAAACUAGAGCGGCCGUUUUCCAGUGUAUAGGAGUUAUUUCUUACUUUCUUUUGGAAAGUCUUAUUUGUUUGUUUUUUUCUGUCAUAACUAACCAGGCUGGAAAAAGGCCUGCAUGAAAUGCAAUACAUUGAAUAAAAAAGGAGCUUUACUGAUCUGAACACUGUGCUCAUGUACCCUCCGGUGAUUUGUCAUGAGACAUAUUUACUUAAAUAAUGUGUACAUCAGUGAUGUUUCCUGUCAAACGUUUGAAUAAACCUGUCUCAGAUAUCCUGGGCGUGGCCUCCACCUGCCUGCAGACCUGCACCGAUUCCAUUAUCAAUGUAUUUGUAUAUAAAUUAGAAUUCAAGUAAAAUGUAAUCCUGUCAGUUCCUACUAAAUUUAUAAAAA